AUGCAACCUGGAGAUGCCGUCGAGGAUUCCUCUGAUGGAGUCCUAAUGGCUGAUAAUUUUUCCCCAUCAGAAUGUAUGUUGACUUUUACUAUCAAGCAGCUUAGCAUGUAUCAUUUAGAUAUACGAGAACGACUGAAAGGUGUACGAACCGGAGAUGAAACCAAGAAACUGCAAAAGUUACGAACUGAAAUGAAUGCCAUAAAUCAUGCUUCACAAGAAAUGCUCAAGCAGAAUGUGUUUCAAAAUUAUCAACAGUUUAUCGACGCAUCCAAGGAGAUCUCACGUAGGCAAGAUUUGAAAUUAGAGAAAUGUCUUAGCCUGAAAAUAUACAUUACAGAUCUUGAGCAGGAGAUUUAUCAACUCACUUCAUUGUUACUAGACCAGAAACAGUUGAUUGAAAAUCUGAUGCAAAUGACUGGAGAUGACAAAUCGUCCGUACAGACGGCUUCAAGCCAUUCAGCAUCCAUUGCUUCCGUAACUCCUAUCCAGGUGCUCAUGCAAAAAAUGGAUGGCAUUGCUGUAAGGUUUUCUUCCCUCGCUUAUUGAUC